AGAUCUAAAAACAAUAAAAUCCAAAAGAUUGAAGGAUAAAAGAAGAGGGCAUUUUCGGAUUUUAAUAUAAAAGGAAGUGUAUAAGGCUGGUUUACGGGUGUAUCUAGAACUUUUCAGCGUUUCAAUCCAAAGGGUGUAUGUAAGGCUGGCUUUGGGGGUAUCUAGAACUUUCCAAACCUUCAAUGAGUAGAGUAAAAGCCGAUUAGUUAAGUUGGGCCCUACCAUCAAUUAUAUUGUUUUCUAUUCUGUCUUUCUCAGCUUUCACCUUUUUGCUUUUGAAGAGUCAACGAAGACUUGCUAUACUCUCUCUAAUAAAAACGCCGUUCUGAUUUCUGAGCCUUCCUUUCAUCUCAAUUUCAAAUCUGUUUUUCGAAAGACCAACUACGGCUCUCGAACUGGUUCCUGGAGCUUUCCUCUCUGCUUCACUUGAGCUUUUGUUUUCCAAAAUGGAUUCUCGGGAGGUCGUUGAUUUCAUUCGUUGAAAGAAGAUCCGUCGAAAAAAGAUCGAAGAAUGGCCCAGGAAGUUGUAGACCAUGUUAUUGACAGCUAAAAAAUUACUGAACGAUAGUGAGAGGAAACAAAUCACUGAUGGAGCUGUGAGGGAGUGGCUUCAGGACCACAAAGACACAAUCUACGAUGCAGAGGACUUGGUUCCUGAGAUCAACGAUGAAGCUUUACGAUCCAAAAUGGAAGCUAAUCAAUCUAGAAGACGAAAAAUGCUGUUCAAGGUACGCAACUUCCUACCAUCUAGAUUCGAUGUUAAGCAAGUAGAAGAAAGGAUAGAGAAUAUCAUUAGCACCCUGCAAUUUAUUCUGGACCAAAAGGAUGGCCUUCGUUUGGUAUCGAAACGUUCUGAUUUCUGAGCCUUCCCUUCAUCUCAAUUUCAACUCUGUUUUUUGAAAGACCAACUAUGGCUCUUGAACUGGUUGCUGGAGCUUUCCUCUCUGCUUCACUUGAGCUUUUGUUUUCCAAAAUGGAUUCUCGAGAGGUCGUUGAUUUCAUUCGUGGAAAGAAGAUCCGUGGAAAGAAGAUCGAAGAAGGGCUCAGGAAGUUGAAGACCAUGCUAUUGACAGCUAACAAAGUACUGAACGAUGCUGAGAGGAAACAAAUCACUGAUGGAGCUGUGAGGGAGUGGCUUCAGGAGCUCAAAAAUGCAAUCUACGAUGCAGAGGACUUGGUUUAUGAGAUGAAAAAUGAAGCCUUGCGAUCCAAGCUGGAAGCUAAUCAAUCUAGAAGACGAAAAAUGCUGUUCAAGGUACGCAACUUCCUACCAUCUAGAUUCGAUUUUAAGAAAGUAGAAGAAAGGAUAAAGAAUAUAAUUAGCACCCUGCAAUUUAUUCUGGAACAAAAGCAUGGCCUUCGUUUGAUUGAAGGUGUCGAAACCAAACCUUUUCGAAGGAUAUCUGAAGCUACUUUGGUUAAAGAAUCUGAUAUUUAUGGGAGGGAUGCUGAUAAGGAAGCCAUCAUGAAGCUGCUGUUAUCUGAUCAUCAAGUGGGUGGUGAUAAAAUAUGUGUUAUUCCCAUCGUUGGCAUGGGUGGGAUUGGCAAGACCACCCUUGCUCAGCUUGUUUACAGGGAUAUUGACAACAAAGUCAUGGAGAAACUUUUUGAUGUGAAAGCAUGGAUCACAGUGUCUGAUGAAUCUGAUGUGUUUACCCUGACAAAAAUGAUUUAUCAGGCUGUAACUGAAUCAGAAAAAUGGAGUAUCACAGAAACAUUUCAACUUCAACAUAAACUGGAGCAGUUUUUGGAUGGGAAAAAAAUUCUCCUUGUCCUUGAUGAUAUAUGGAAUGUGAACUAUCAAACUUGGUGUGCAUUAAAGAUUCCAUUUGAUUCUGCUGCAAAUGGAAGUAAAAUCAGCAUAACAACACGCAAUGAAAACAUUGCAGCAAAGAUUGGUAAUGUCCCAAAGCAUGAACUGCAAAUGAUAUCGGAUGAAGAUUCUUGGCGGUUAUUUUCAAAACAUGCUUUCAGUAGUGUAGAGCCAAUAGCAUAUCCAGAUCUUUUGGAAGUAAUUGGUAGAAAAAUCAUAAAAAAAUGCAAAGGUCUACCUUUAGCAGUAAAGUCACUAGGUGGUCUUUUGCAUUCGGAACUAGAUCCCAAGGCUUGGGAAAACGUACUAGAGAGUGAUAUAUGGGAGUUACCACAACAUGAGAAUAAUAUUCUUCCAGCUUUAUGGUUGAGUUAUUACUAUCUGCCUCAACAUUUAAAACGAUGUUUUGCUUAUUGCUCAAUAUUUCCCAAAGAUUAUACAAUUGAAAAGGGAAAAUUAAUUAGACUUUGGAUGGCAGAAGAUCUUUUGCAACCCCAUAGAAACAAGCCACUGGAAGAAGUUGGAAAUGAAUAUGUUAAAGAUCUAGUAUCGAGGUCAUUCUUUCAUGUUUCCUCAUUUGGUGGACUUACCAUGCAUGAUCUUCUGAAUGAUCUUGCUCAAUUUAUAUCAGGAGAAUCUUGUUUGACGUUGGAUGACAACUACUCAUGGGGCCUUAUGACAAAAAAGACUCGUCAUUUAUCACUUUUGAGGUAUCAGUCCUAUGAUAUCAAGAAAUUAAGAGCUGGUUGUGAAAAUAAGGUUUUGCGCACUUUGCUAGUAUUAGAUGCUGGGUUUAUAUCCAAAGAACAAUACGACAUAAGUUUUACACAAUUGCAAUCAAUGCAAUACCUAAGAGUGCUUUCUAUGCCUAGAAAUACAUUUAGACAUAGGAAUCCUCUUAGUACAAAGGCGUUUGAUUCAAUUGGUAGUUUAACGCUUUUACGGUAUUUGGAUUUUUCUGGUUCUGAAAUUAAAGAAGUACCUGAUAUACUUUGUUCACUGCACAAUUUGCAGACACUAAUAUUGUAUUUUUGUCUUGAACUUACUCAGUUGCCUGAUACAAUUGAUAAUUUGAAGCAUCUAAGGUACUUAGACUUAUCUUAUAGCGCAAUUGAAAGGAUACCUGACACGAUAUGUAAUUUGCACGACUUGCAUACUCUAAAGUUGAAUGGCUGUAAGGAGCUUACUGUUUUACCAUCCAAUAUCACAAUGCUAAGCAAUUUGCAACAUCUCAACAUUUGGGGACAAGUUUAAGUGAGAUGCCACCGCAACUAUUGAACUUGAAAAAUCUGGAAAGUUUAAGACAGUUUGCUGUAGGCAAAAAGAUUGAACGUAAGUUUCAAAAUCUGCAUGGUAAUUUGUGCAUUACAAAUCUUGAGAAUGUAGUAAAUGUUGAAGAUGUUUCGGAGGCCAAUUUGAAGGAUAAGAAGCUUAUUCGUGAACUGAUCGUGGGGUGGAAGGGUGAUAGUACUAAAGAUUCAUAUGGAGCAUGGAAGGUACUUGAGAGACUUCAACCUCACACAGAUAAUCUUGAAAGACUGGAAAUUAGAAAUUAUGGAGGUAGAAGCUUCCCAGGUUGGAUAGGACAUCCUUCAUUCCGUGGGGUGGAAGGGUGAUAGUACUAAAGAUUCAUAUGGAGCAUGGAAGGUACUUGAGAGACUUCAACCUCACACAGAUAAUCUUGAAAGACUGGAAAUUAGAAAUUAUGGAGGUAGAAGCUUCCCAGGUUGGAUAGGACAUCCUUCAUUCUUUGGUAUAUAUUCUCUGAGCCUAUUUGGUUGUAAAAAUUGUUGUUCUUUGCCAUGUCUCGGACAAUUACCUUCCUUACGACUCCUGACGAUUGAGGGAUUUGAUUUGGUGGAAAGAAUAGGCUAUGAAUUUUAUUGUGAUAGUUCUUCUUUAGUUGACAGUAAACCAUUUGAUUCAUUAUGAUAUUUAAGGUUUUCAAAUAUGCAACGGUGGAAGGAGUGGUCAUUGAUGGGAUGGAGCAAACAAGUUGGUGUUGGAGUUUUCUCAAAUCUUAAGUAUCUUAUUUUUUCAGACUGUCCGAAGCUAAAUGGAGCGUGCAUACCAGAUUAUCUUCCAUCCUUGACCAAUCUUCCCAUAAGUGGAAGUAGUGACCAUCUGGUGGGUUUAUUAUCAAGGUGUGAAUAUCCAUCGCUUGAUGAGUUGCAUUUACAAUAUUGUCCACCAAUGCAGUCGUUUCCACAGGGGAAGAGGGUUGGCCCUGCAACUUAAAGUCAUUUCAAAUAAACCAAUGUGAGAAGGUGUUUGCGGAACCCAUAGAGUGCAAUCUGCGGAUGCUCACUACUCUUACUUCUCUGAAUCUCAAUUUCCUGCCAAACCUCAAAUCCUUAAAUGGGAUGGGUUUUGGAUGCCUUGUCUCCCUUAAAAAAUUGUACAUUAUAGCAUGCCGUCAGUUCCGGUGCUUGGUAGACGAAGAUGAAGGGCUGCCAACCUCUCUGACUACUCUUCAGCUCUGUUAUCUUCCAGAGCUCAAAUCACUAAACGCCAGUGCCUUUCGAAACCUCACCUCCCUUCAAAAUUUGCAGAUUACUAAAUGCACACUUCUUUAGUGCUUGCCAGAAGAAAGGCUGCCAGAAUCUCUUUCUGUAUUGGAUAUUGGAGGCUCUGAUUUACUAAUUCCACGCUGCCAGAGAGAGACAGGGGAAGAUUGGCCCAAGAUUGCUCACAUCCCUCACAUAUCGUAUACAUAUGACGAUAAAUAAGUCAACGAUCUGUAUUCUACAUAUGAUUGUCCAUCUUGUCUAAACGUUUUCAGGCUCUUUAUUAUUACUAUUUUUCUUUUACACCCUUUCAAAUGUAAUACUUUAUCAUUACUACUUUUCUGUUUCUAGUCGAACUCAAUAUAACCGCCACUCAUUCUAAAAGUUCUCCAUAACUAAUUCA